AUGGCAGACCCAAAUCUCCUAGACACAGAGCUGAUGCUAGCAUGCGAGCUUCCCAGGACGUCAGCUGCGAAUUUGGACGGUCACUCCGGCUGGUUGGGUUUGGCCUACGACUGCUGCGCAUGCAAUUGCUUCCUGUACCUUGUCGGCCAGGGCGUAAUGCCUGUCAGGGGCACCGAGGCCAGGUACACAAGUGGAGGCAGUGUCACCGCAGAAGCUGAUGGUGGCCAAGCCGAAGAUGCGAAGCUUCACGAGGCUGCCUCCAUGGCCGUCGUGAGAAGUGGUCUGCUCGAGAAAGCGGCGACAUCCAAAGCCGCUGCUCGCGCUCCCAGGUUCAUGCUGGUCCCCGCCAGGAUCGUGGCAAAGCCAGGCCUGCUCGCGGCUGCGACGUCGAAGGCUGCGGGCGGGCUGGCCAAGGCCUACCCAAAAGGCCUGGCAGCGGCGCAGCCAAAGGUGGCCGGUGCUGGGCGCCGUGUGCCAAAAAGCUUCUCGAAGGCGGCUGCUGCGACACGGUCUGGAAAGGUGACCUUCGCUGGCAAGGCCUUCGCUCUACCUCCAUGGAGAGGUGGGGCAAGAAAGGUUGCCGCUAAGGUCAAGGCCAAGCCAGGCGAGGAGGACGACUACGACCCCUUCUCGGAGGAGCCCGCGCCCCACGUAGCCAUGGAGAAGGAGUUUCGGAAAGCAGCGCGCCGUGCGGCAGCUGCUGCCGGCAAGCUGGAUGCCGUGGAGUGGCGGCCACAGGGAGAUCCCCUUUUGGGGGUGGUCAGGAUGCCGCCGAAGCGCAAGGGCAAUGGCGUGGCACCUGCCCAAGCCAAGUUCCGUGCCGUGCCGCGCACGGCCAUUGCCUGGCUGCGGCGGCCGGGGGCGCAGAGUCAAGGUGGCGCUCAAGCCGAGGAAUACUUCCGCAAAGAUGAGACCCAGCCUGCCAAGAAGCAGAAAGUAGAUCCUGUUCAGAGAGGCUUCACGAAAGAGCUUCUUGAAAAGACGCCGUCCACCCUGCAGACGUGUCGAAGUCUGCUCGUAUUUCUCGAGAAGAAAUUGGAGGCGGCCGGAGCUGAGCCGCCAGCAGUCACGGGGCCUGAGGCGCUCCGGCCCCGUCUCGCGACGCACGCGGAGAGCCUGGGUCGUCUGGAGACUUUGAGGGCGCCCACUGGCUGGGAUGCGCGAGCCAAGCGUGUGCUAGACAUCGCCGCCAUUGCUGCAUCUGCUCCUGGAGAGGCGGCCCUGGGCGCACUGCAAGAGGCACUGCAGAAGGAGUCCAAGGAGCUUCAGGAGGAGCUCAAGGAAACGUCAGAAACCCUGGAGAACUUGCUGAUGGAGCGAAAGGCGUGGGCCAAGGAGGCGGUGAGGAGAGAUUGGCUUUCCUGGUGCGAAAGGCUACUCAAAGCUCGUGAGGCGAAGCUGCUUGCCGAGCUUGGGGAGAAGGACGACGCCUCCGAGAUCCUGAAUACUGGUGUGGACAUCCUCGAGGCCUUAGUGGCCGGCACCACCGCCUGA